CCUUCACUGGCAGAAGUUUGACAGUUCUCUGCGGGAGGUAGAAGCAAGCCAGUGGCUUUGUUGGAAAUUACAAGAAUAGCUUUGUAGUCCUUAAAUUAUUUCAGGAGUUCUACUGUGCCUAUUAGACCCUCAUUUGAUGGACUUCGUGACAGGUCAUAAUUUGGCUGAAGGGCAUAGUUGAUAGACAAAACGUUUUUUUUUCUUUCUUAAAACCUUUGUAUCAGCAGUCCCAAUGCUCUCUGAUGACGUAUUCGCCCACAAAUUUUUGAAAUGCAAAUCAAAAGAUGAAAACCAGCCACAUAACGGGCAACAACUCAAAUUCUUGGAGAGACGUUGGUUGCUCUGUGGCCUCUCUGCUUCUGUAUCAUCGUCCAGAAGCUAAGAACCUGAAGAGAACAAUUUCAGCACCGUCAGUCCACUACAGGUGAUUGAGAACAAGGAAAAAAGGAGAGACAGAGAAAGUUGCUGCUAGUGUGGCAGAAAUGGCAGUGGAGGAUGAGAUUGAAAAGAAGCCUGAACUUCUGGAUCUUUAUAAAAGCCAGAAUAGCAUGGAAGAUCAAAAAACUCAGGCCCAGUUCUCUCAAGCUCGGAAACUAGAGUCUCCUCAAUAUUAUACAAGAAAGAAACAGAGUGGGAGAAAGGCAAAGCUGUUUUGGGUCAGGAAAAGAUAUUCUGCUCCUCCAGCUUCACUUUGUUCUCUUGAUCAUUUGCAGGCAGUCGCACAAAAAGAGAGUAUGAGAAGCCAAAGCUGUAAGCGAAAGAGGGCUACAAUCAAUCAGUUAUAUGCAUCUGACAAAGCUUACUUACGGGUUAUGGAGCGAGUUAAGGAGGUUCAAUCGAACCUAGAAACCGGAAUGCCUAAUUUUGCCAAACUUAUGCUUCGGUCUCAUGUUACUCUAGGUUUUUGGCUGGGACUUCCUGUUAGAUUCUGCAAGUUGAACUUACCCAAAGAAGAUUGCAUCCUUACCUUAGUAGAUGAUGGUGGGAAAGAGUACGACACAAGGUACCUUGCUGACAAGACAGGGCUCAGUGGUGGAUGGAAGGGGUUCUCUAUUGCACACAAUUUGGCUGAGGGAGAUGCAGUUGUCUUCCAAUUAAUUAAGGCUACCAAAUUCAAGGUAUACAUUAUAAGGGCAAAGAAUUUAGAAGUUGAUGAGGGAGAUGGAAAGCAUUCAAGAUCUUACCCUGUAUCUCUUCUUCAAGAGAAUAAUCAAAAUGCUUCCCCUCCAGAAUCUGUUUCUAACAACGGCUCACCAGUAGGAGAACAGUUUGAAAACGACAGCAAAGAAGUUGGCUCAGACGUUUUGGCUGGUAUCAGAAUGUCAGCAGCACCUGUGGAAUUUAAAGAUGUGAAAAUCUUUGAUAAUUUUUCCAUUAUAGUGAAUGAUUUGAUUUUAGACUCUCAGUUUCCUGAACAUGUUCGAGUUAAGUACUAUGAGCUCUGCUGCAGUCAGAAGGCUUUCCUUCAUGAUCAGCUUCUUGAAGGCAUCAACUGUAAGUUGAUCACUGGAAUAAUUUCUGAGAUUGUCAAUGUGGCUGAUGCCAUUCGAGCUUGCAAACUUACUACCUCUCAGAAUGACCUUAAAUCUUGGGACAAAAGCUUAAAUGCCUUUGAGCAACUGGGCAUGAAUGUUGGCUUUUUACGAGCUCGACUGCACCGGCUUAUAAGCCUCGCCUUUGAGUCAGAAGGGGCAAUGGACUCAAAAAUAUACAACAAAGCUAUGCUUAAAAGGGCUUGUUUGGAAGAGGAGAUGAAAAAUCUUGAAGUGAAAUGUAUGGAAUUAAUAGAGGUUCAUGCACGUAAUGACAAAGAAAUUGAGAGACUGAAGUUGAAGGUUGACAGACAUGAGAUGAAGUUUCAGUCAGAGGUUCGAGCUCCUUGGUGACAUUCUUUGUGAAUUGUCUUGUGCAUUUUCUUCCUUUUUGAGUAUCCAGUGCAGUUAGUAAUUAAGCUGACAUAAUUAUAUGAAGUCAAGGAGUCUUGCAAAAACAUUUUUUUUGUGGAUUAUGAUGCUAGAAGUAUAUUUUUUGGAAUACAUAUAUAUAUAUAUAUAUAUAUUUAUGUCGAUCAGCAAUGUAACUUCUGAUGGAUCUGUCUAUAUCUACACUGUCUUCAUGUAAAUGAGACUGACUAAAUCAAUGUCAAUGGAAGGUUGUAAAUUUUGAAGAACGACUAAAUCAAUGGAUUGUUGGAGCUCUCA